UUCUAUACCAGAUGUAGCAUUCAUUUCUUCACCUGAAACUAUUCUUGAUGUAAGGUCAUCAUCAAAUACUAGUUUACCUAUAAGAUCUCAAACACCUAUUUCUGAACAUCCGAUACCUGUAGCACAAUCAAGUGCAGUUCAUGGAUCAGAAUCAACAUUAUCACUUCGAGCAUCAGCAUGCCCAGUAAAUACGGAACCACCUCCAUAUGUUGCAGAUUAUUAUACAGCACGAGAUCCUCUAUCUUUAGGACCAAAACGAAAAUCAGAAGAUGAGAUAAAAAAGAGUAGUAAAAAAAUUCAAGCAUUUUAUCGUGAUCAAAAUGAACUUAUUGAUGAAUUGUUAACUUAUCAUGCAGGAGCUAACCUUUUUGUGGAAGUAGAUAUUGUUAUGGAUCGAGAAACACCUCUUUGGGAAAGUCAUGACAUUGGUGAAAGUCUUCAAAUUAAAUUAGAAAAAUUGGCAAAUGUAGAAAGAGCUUUUGUACAUGUUGAUUAUGAGACAAGUCAUAAACCUGAACAUCAAAAGGAAGAAUAA